AUGAUGGAUAUAUUCUCGUUCCAAUUUUUGGUUGGACUAACUAUUGUCCUGCACAAUGCCGCAGGAGACGAUAUGGGACUGCUUUCCAGCACAUUACGUGCAUUUCGCACGUUUUGCUGUGACGACGAUCUCCUGACACUGUCCUGUCCUAUUGGCACAAGCAUAUCCGUGGAACUGGUUCAGUAUGGUGCAAAAGAGGAAAACGAUACUGUGCAAUGUUCGUACAGUGAACUGGAUGGUCGCAAUUAUGCUCCAGAAUCGACGCCAUCAUCAUCUUCUACGAGUAUGAUGGACAUUGUCCUACCGAACAAUAACAUACUGAACGCCAUGAACGAAAGCAUGACCAACUCCUCUAUCGACAGGACGAAGGACAAGUGCACACCCCUUUACGUACUGCAGUACUCGAUCCUGCAGACGGUUGUUGAAACGUGCCAGAAAAAGCGACGUUGUCGGUUACAUGCUGCCCCGAAAAUAUUCGAAACAAGUCCCUGUCCUGGCAUUCAUCGGCUGGUGGAGGUCAAUCACAAAUGCCGCCCAUUCGAAUUCCGAAGCAUGACUUCUUGCGAGAAGGACAUCGUUCGGUUGACCUGUGGCCAGUACACGCGCAUAGCGAUCUACAGCGCCACUUAUGGGCGGACGGCGUACGAAAGUUCUCAUUGUGCGCAGGCAGCCACCUCGCAAGAGCAGACAUGUCUCUCGGAGCACACGAGUCACACGCUGACGGAAAUCUGCCAAGGCCGGCGGAAGUGUACGGUGGCAGUUGAAAGCUCAACAUUUGGCAAUCCCUGCCCGGAGAGCACUCGGGUGUACCUAAAGGUGAUAUACGCCUGUGUUUCCAGAAACGUGUUCCGGGAGCGCUACAUUACGCCACUGGAGGAUGACGAACUGAACGAGCAACCAUUCGAGUCGGGCGAGUUGUACGAUGAGGAAUUAACACCGGUGCCAAACCAGAUAGAAGACUCAGCGGCCAUAGGCAUCGGUGCCACCAAGAGCACCCUCAAGUACUUGAGCGAGUCAUCGAGGGUCAAAGCUGAAAACAUAGUCAACCGUAGCAAAGGCGGAGACCCUCACCAGACGAUGGCUAGUCUAGACGAGGGACAGUUGCUCAUCGUGAGCAUCGCGGUUCUAUUCUUCUGUUGCAUCUGCCUAUCGUUCGGCGCGUUGCUGGCAUACAAAAUGAAAUUGUUUCCGUCCCGAACCGCAACGCGAUGCAUCAAAGGAUCAGAUUCGACCGAAAGCCACUCCACGCCAUCUAGCUACCGACCGACGAGCGACGACUUUGACCUGGUAGACUCUGGCCCGGAACAGGUUAUUAUGGCCGAAAAGUUUGCAGAGCAACAAUCAACACCGACCCAAGGAACCGAAGCUAUAGCCUCCUCGUGCGGUACCGUCUGCUCUAGCAACAGUAUAAAGCAUCCCGCUUUCACCUUUGGUGACGUUGAACCAAACCGCGGGUCCCAACUGUCGCAGAUCUCUACUACCAUGUUCAUUCUGCCAAACUAUCUGAUGACCGAAGCUCCGGUUGGCUUCCUGUCCAACAACCGCCGACCAUCUCGAUUGGCGCGAACAAUUCUGGACGACAGUUCCGCACCGAAAACGAUACCACCAAAUGAGAGCCUCACCAUCACCCUUGCCAUGGCCGACAUCACGAGUCAACCGGGCUCCUACACUCAUCCCCAUCAUCCACAACAGCCGGCCCACCAGCACCAAUCAGCGUACGGUGUUGAUUCCUGCUCGCAGUGUGCGGUCCUCGGUUUGUCUUCUGCUCCACCCACCGGAUCUACCGCUAUGUAUGGAGGAACGGCUGGACCGAAAAUGCUGCUGGGUCCGGGGGCCCUCGGGGCUACCAGCAACACCGCAGUGUUACACCCGUAUCAGCACAAUCAAUCAUUAAAAUCUGCCCCCAGCGAUGCUCCAGGGCAGCCUGAGGUGGUAGAGUUGUUGGUAGGCGCCUGUGACACGAAGGGCGCAGAAACCACCCUGACCAAGUCGAAUUCUUUUUUAUGGCUGGGCUUGAAGAUCGGGCUGAUGUAA